GAUAGACAUGUCAACAUAUAGUAUUUGAUAAGCUUUAUCCAACAGCCAUGACCAGAGCAACGCAAGCUAAAUCAUGAUUUGGAGUUUAACCGUUUCUAGUAUGGAUAUUCAUGGAAUUCAGAGAGACCGUGCAGAAUGAAAAGGAUAAGUUCGUGAUUUCAUUACCCUGCGUCACGUUUGUCUAUAAUUCAACAUGGCCACGCCUAUUACGGAAACAGCCAAUCCGAUCACCCGUAAUAUAGAUGUCGCCACGCCUACAGAAAUAGUGGGUCUUCUCCAGAAGUGUGACUCUGAAAUAUUCCAUGGGUGGCAAGACUACCAGGGUUUAUGUCAUUCUACCACUCUGCGGACGAUUGAACAGAUAUCACAGGAAGUAACAACGAUACUUAGGGCUCCGGAUUCAGGUCUGGUUAUCUUUAGUGGGUGUGGCACCUCUGGAAGGUUAGCCUUCGUUUCUGCCAGAACUUUCAAUCGGAGACAAGAGAAGGCUGGGAAGCCUCCAUGCUUCAAGUAUCUGAUCGCUGGACACGAUAAGGCAUUGUUCACAUCACAGGAAGCUCCAGAAGACGAUCCGGCCGUCGGGAUACAAAUGCUUAGAGAGGCAUGUGUUGGGAAGACCAAGGUACUGUAUAUCGGAAUCACAUGUGGUCUGUCUGCACCAUACGUGGCAGGGCAGCUUCACUACUGUAUGCAGAACUCCGACAUCAUAACACCUGUCUUGCUAGGCUUCAAUCCCGUCAGUUUAGCCAGGAACACAGAAAUUGAGAAUUGGGAUUGGACGUUUUACAAAGUUGCUCUUCAGCUACAGAAAGUCGAAAAGUCUGGAAAAGGUUUCAUUCUCAAUCCUGUGGUCGGCCCAGAACCAAUCACUGGAUCGAGCCGAAUGAAGUCUGGUUCUGCGACAAAGAUUAUGUUGGAGGCUAUACUUGUAGCCGCCUACAACUCGCUCUCAGACCAAUCACCAUCAUGGGACACGCAUGCGCACUUGGAGACGUACCGGAUGACCUGUGAUAGUGUUUACAGUCACAGCGAGUCAGUGGCGGGUCUGAUACAACUAGCAGGGAACAGUCUGAACAAGGGAGGCAGUGUCCACUACCUUGGAUGGGACAGUAUCGGAGUCAUGGCUUUAAUUGACGCGUCCGAGUGUCCUCCUACCUACGGUGCUAGCCUUGACGAUAUACGAGGAUUCAUGGAAGGAGGAUAUUCAUUGCUGUCAAACUACGAAGGAGACAUAGGGCAUUUGGGAAGACAUUUUAAGAUUUCAUUACAGACGUUUGAAUCCGACAUCUUACCAUAUUUGACUGAAGCUGAUCUAGUCAUUGUAUGCCAUGGUGGGGGAAGUAUACACCUUACACCCAAACUAUGGAAAAGUAAAUGUAAAAAGGGCAUUAUCACAUUUGAUGCGGACUUCAAAACGAAUGUGUACGACCAGUUCGACCAGUCAGUGGCCUUGACCUUGCCUGAAGAUGAUAUCAAAUCACUUGUAGGAGACCACAUUUGGGACCAGUGGCAACCACUCUACCAGGAGAUAGCAACAAAGUGGGUCUGUAACGCGGUGACAACAGGGGCGCACGUGCUCAAGGGCAAGGUCUUCGAAAACGUAAUGGUGGAUCUCAAAGUCAGCAAUAACAAAUUGUUCCAUCGAGCCGUCGGGAUAAUACAGAGGUUUAGCCCGCUGUGUAAAGAGGCGGCAAAUUCAGUACUGCUGCGGUCAAUUUACCAAACGGAUGUCUUAACACAGAAUCAGUUGUCACUCUCUACCUCGUCACAUAUAGAAAGCGCCACCGCCAUGGGAAAGGUUGUCCCGUGUGCAUUGCUGGCUGCCAUUACUCAGUGUUCCAUAGCAGAGGCACAGAAACUUAUCGACAAACAACCAGUCAUCCGGACAGCGAUCUCAGAUUCUCUGAGAAAACACCAAUCAACAUAGUAAACACUUUAUAUUCAUACUUACUUUGUGCGUUCUAUUUCUCAUCGAUUUUCUGACAGCAGAUAAAUAGGAAGAAUAUAAUUGAAAAGUCACCAUGUCCGUAACAGUCUAGUAGACUAGAAGGCGAACACCAAUCAAUGUAACGUUAUUAGACCGAUAACUCCUUAAGACCGAAACACUAUCAUCAAAACGAUAGCUGUACUUCAUCAGUAUGUUUUCAACUUUUGCAUCAUAGUUCCACUCUUACGUUUCGUUUGCUAUUGUCAGCUAUUUUUCUCUAUUUGUACUGUUAUUUCUUUACUGUUAUUACCAAGAUUUCCUUUUUUUAUUCAGGUAUACAUAAACAAAAGAAAAAUAUCGACAUGUACAACACUGCUAAAUUGAGGCAAUUAAAAACAUUUUAAACAUGUCGCAAAUUUAGUAAUUUCUUGAUUUUUUAUGGUAUCAUGGUGACCUAUUGCAAUUAUCUUCAUUUUGGUUCAAACGGACACCCGGGGGCUGAUGACUAAAAUUUCAAAAAUAUUCUUCUCAACAAUAAGAUAUGGUAGAAUCAAAUGCUCUUCAUGAAUGGACACAUCUUAAGGUGCUUUAAUUACCAACAUGAGUCUCAGAUUUCUUCCUGACAAGGGCUUUUCUUUUUAAAACUUUACUGAAGUUGAGCAUAACGUUGGUUAUUGCCCACUGGAAAUAACUUUGUAAGAAUUAUCAAUAAAGGAUGGCAGUUUAAAUGGUAUCCAUUUGUUAACACUGGCUUUCUAUAUUCAUUGUCACAAUUUCUGUUUCAUGACACUUGAUAACUACCCUUUAACAUUUUAUAUUGUAAUCAUGUCGAAAUACCUCACUAAUUAUUUUAUAGUAAUUGUCUAAAAUUGUUUAGAUUCACACGAUAAUUAUGUCCUGCUGUACUACACACUUUUGUAUACAGUGCAUGGAAGGACGGAUGUUGGUGUAUGUUUAUGCUUUAUGGGAAUAAUUCCAACAUGUAUUAUUGGUUUCGUAAUUCGUUGACAGCUAGAGUGAGUGUUGAUUGUGAUUAAAGAUAUUACGCGAAUACUUGGACAAUCACAACAGAUUCACAGCUUACAGCAGGCAUUAGUAAGUGUACAUUGCCAAACAAAAGCAUUAUUUAAACACUACAUGGUUAUUUGAUAUUCUAGACAGAAUCACAGCUUAA